AUGGUCCAGGAAGACUGGAGUGCGCCCUGGCGGCUCCGACUCCCAAGCGAAAGCGCGACUGUGGGUGUGCGCAGAGAGUGCACAUGUGGCAGUUCUACUUCUCCUUACUCCAGGCAGCGGUGUAAGUACCGUGUGCCGUUUUUGUUCCACAGGCCCGAUCGGCUGUCGGAUGUGACCAUUGCUUCCAGGGCCCACGAGGCCGUGGCACGCGGCACCUCUCGGCCAUUGGCCCUGGAAGGCAACAAGAU